AUGUCCGUCAUGAACGAGUCCCAGUCAGGACCACCCCAACCAGUCCUCGACGAUAAGACACCAACAACAGCGCCAACGGACUCACCCAAGGAGCCUGCGACGGACGCCUCAGACGAAGACGGAAAGGACGCAGCAUCCACUCCAGCCGCCACUACGCUCACAAAGACAACAACCAUUACCGCGUCCUUUACCGUCCCUGCCGUAGCGAAACCCCUACCCACGCCCGCCCUACCAUUCCAAUCUGCCCGCGCCUCAGAGUCCCUCUACUCCAGCAGCUACUCUGGCACCUCCGCCUUCGGGAGAACCCCUGCCGCACGUUCAGGAGCUGCUGCUGCUGCAUCUGCAGCAGCGUUACAGUUGCAGCGAGAGCUGGACUUGCAACACGAAAUCCUUGGUCGAAAACCUCAAUUGGCUCAGGACAUUGUCCCCAAGGAACCGUCCAACCCACCCACAUUUCGAGACUACGGCGCCACGAGAGACUGGAGGAGAGAACAGAGUCGAGACCGUCGGGACCGCUCCAAGGAACGAGGACGUGAACGGGACAGAGAUCGCUAUUCUAGGCAUCGAUACGACAGAUCCAAGGACAGGGAGAGAGACCGUGGACGUCACCGUGAGAGAUAUAGCCGAGAGCGGAGCCAUGAAAGGGAGCAUGACCGUGAACGCGACUACAGACAUGAACGGGACUAUAGGGGCGACUACCGUUAUCACGCAGAUCACUCGGCCGACCGCGAUUAUAGGGGCUACAAACAGGAGAGACAGGAUCGACCCUACCGCGACAGCAAGGACCACGAUGGCCGACCAUCCCACAGAGAGUUCGAUUUUGAUGAAAGUGGUGGUGCAGCGCGCUCUGGAACUGCCAGUCGCUAUGAUGCUGCAGCUGCUGCGGAAGUCGAGCGAGACCGUGGUCAUGCCACUGACCGGUGGCAUGAAGGAGAAGACGAUGGUGACACACUUUCGAUGAAAGGUCAUGAUCGCCCACCAAGAGACUAUGACUACGAUCGGGAGCGAGGACGCGGACGUGAUCGAGACCGCGAACGGGAUCGCUACCGAAAUUGGGACAGGAAUAGAGGAUACGAUUAUGGGGGCGAAAAGUAUGGAGCCACUCACGAUUGGGAAGAGCGGGAUCGUGCGCCACGGGACAGGGACCUGGACGUGGAUAAACCAGCAGUCGCCGAUGACCUUGACCUGUACCGGCCCCUUCACCGUCCCAGUCGCGACCAUUCUCUGCUUCAACGACCCCUCGCCACGACCACAGCAUCGAAAGACAGCAUCACUGGCGCAUCCAGUGUGGAUCUCGCUAUGUCAACUGCCGCCCCCUCUGUCAGCGGAUCACCACCUAUCUCAAGUAUAACCCUCGGUACCGUCGCUGCAACGACAACAGGCUCGGCACCAACGACCCCUGGAGUACACCCGCUUGAUACAACAGGUUCGGAACCAGAAAACAUGCAAGCUACUUCGACAGCGCCACAGCCUCAAGAGCCAGUGGAGCCGCCGAAUCAACUUGGUCAGCCUUUGGAUGUAAUUAUGGAACCAGCAUCGUUGAGUGCUACGAUGGCGUCAGAUCAAGCGCCCGCUCUUCCACGACCACCCCAACCUCUUCAUGUACAUGUGGCAACAGCUCAAGCGAAUGUCGCAGCAGUGGCACAGAUACCUGUUCGUACGCCUACGACAGCUCAGUCCCAGGCUGCUCGAGACACCCCAAUCUCACCGGUCAAUGGGCAUUUGCCGCCACCACCGCCACCGCCGCCUGUCGCACCACAUGGUUACGUCCCCCAGACAGCACCCCCGCCGUCGGCAGCAGGAUCCUCAGUAGACAGCACGUAUCCUCCUCCAACCUCAGGCAACCAACCCCCACCACCUCGUAGAUCCACUACCGACGAUGACUAUUAUGGAUCGCAUGGACACUACUAUCGCCACUCUCGGUCCUCCAAUUAUAGAGAAGGAUGGCAUUCGUCUGAAGCAGAUCACCGGUAUGAGAAUCGACGUUCUCAUGGUCGGUGGUACUCGCAGUAUCCCCCUGAUUAUGACAGACACAGUCGUGCGCCCUCACCUCGCGUACGCGAUCGCUACGAAUACUUGCACCAUGAGAGCGCCAGUCAAAGGACCACGGGAACGGAUGCUAGCUAUGCAGUAUCAGGACACCAAGAUACCCAGGCAACCCAUCCAGAAUCCAGACAUUCGCCCAUCAUGGAACAACAACCUCUGCCUGUCUACAGCGGAACAUAUCCAGUCGAUCCUGCGACGUCGCAUGGUCCACCCACCCCAGUUGCCACAGCUGCCCCAGUUUUGAAAGGGGAGGAUCUCUACGAGCGCGUUGGCCAAGUUGGCGAGGGAACAUAUGGCAAGGUGUACAAGGCAAAGAACAAGCAGACGGGAGUGUAUGUUGCCCUCAAGCGGAUCCGCAUGGAGGCUGAGAAGGACGGGUUUCCUAUCACUGCCAUGCGGGAAAUCAAACUGCUGCAGUCGUUGAACCAUCCGCACGUCAUCAGUUUGAAGGAGCUCAUGGUCUCCAAAGGCGCGGUCUACAUGGUGUUCGAGUACAUGGACUAUGAUCUGACUGGAAUUUUGGCACAUCCGAACCUCAAGUUCCGGCCGGAGCAUAUCAAGUGCCUCAUGAAGCAACUACUCGAGGGCCUUGGCUUUCUGCAUCACAAAGGAGUUCUCCAUCGAGACAUCAAAGGAUCGAACUUGCUCGUCAACAAGCAUGGCGAGCUGAAGCUGGCGGAUUUUGGACUUGCGCGUGUGUUCCAGAAGAAGACCAAAAGGGACUAUACCAAUCGCGUCAUCACACUCUGGUAUCGGCCUCCGGAGCUCAUUCUUGGGGCUACAGGUUAUGGACCGGAGGUUGACAUGUGGAGCGCAGGAUGUAUCAUGGUCGAACUUUUCACCCGGAGGCCAAUCUUCCAAGGACACAAUGAGAUCACUCAGCUAGAGAACAUCUGGAAGACCAUGGGAACUCCACAAAAGGAGUCCUGGUCAGGCGUGGAUCAGCUCCCUUGGUACGAGUUGAUCAAGCAUUUGAACACUGAGAGCAGGAUCUCCAGGUUCAGAGAGAUGUAUGGGAAACUCAUGAGCCCAGCCGCGCUCGAUCUUGCAGAGGCUCUACUCAGUCUGAACCCGAAGCGCCGGCCCACUGCCGUCGAGGCACUCAACAACUUCGCCUACUUCACCGAGGAGGAGCCUGCGCCAUGCCUUCCGGAAGAUUUGCCCAAAAUUGACGGCGAUUGGCACGAGUACGAAUCCAAACAGAGGAGAAAGGCGAACGCAAAACCCAAGCAGACUCACCCACCACCUCCCCCUCAGCAUCCUCCGCCUCGCUCGCGACAACAAAGCGAGUCCGACCAACCAGACCGACCAGAGGUUGACAGACCGGACGAGGCCCGACCAACUGCGUCCAAAAAGCAAAACUCAGAUGGGUCCUUUCAUCCCAUGGUCUUGCAUUCGACAACUGACUCGAUUGUCCAAACAGGAGUCGACCAAACUACAGUCUCAGACCUGGACUCGGAUGUUGUGAUGGCCGCACCCCCGAAAACAACCCGUAUAAUUACUCCUCCUGCAGUCUCGCCGUCCUAUCUGCCUUAUUCGUCUGCCCCUGCUCCUGCGACACAGAUGCCGGCACCACGACGCCCAUCUGAUCUUAUCUCGACUGACCGUCGUGGCCCUGCUCCUCAGCCACCGUUGCCUCCACCACCUCCUGUCCCACACAUGUUUGGCGACCGACCCUUGCCAGAACGUACGUAUUCGAGCGAGUUGGGUUCCACUGCCCAGACGAACGGAGUGCCUCCGCCGCAUCGAUAUGCAGACACUACUACCCAGUUUGAGUCAUCGAGGACAGAUCCCUUGCCUCACCAGCCUGUCGCUGGAGCCGUUCAAAUCCCAACCCAAGCAACCGAACCAGUAUACAUGUCUGACCCUCAUCGGAGCUCGUUGGGUGCCGAUGAUCCACAUAGAGCACAGGAGAAUGCAGGAUAUGACUACUACCAUCGCAGCCGGCACUACGACUACACCAGAGACCGGGAGCGUGACAGGGAUAGAGAACGCGAUCGCGAGAGAUACCGUGAUUACGGACGAAGACGUGAUUACCGAGGUCGCGAAUGGUCGAGAGACCGCGACAGGGAGAGAGGUGUGGGACGGGACCGUGAGAGAGAUCGAGAGUAUGAUCGGUACCGCGAGCGCUCUGGAAGAGAAUAUGAUAGGGAGCGUGGACGUGAGAGAAGCUAUGACGAUGAUGAAUACUACUACCGGGAUCGAGUACGAGGAGGAGGAGGUGGAGGAGGAGGAAGUGUCGGUAUUGGUGGUGGUGGAAAUGUAACAGCUGGUGGUGGAGAGGGCGAAAGAGAGUUCCCUGAUUCUCGAAGUGGCGGUAGAGAACGAGAAAGGGAGCGAGAGCGAGGAGACCGAGACCGCGAACGAGAACGCGAGUUUACAGACUAUGAUCGCGAGAGAGAACGAGAUCGUGAACGCGACCGUGAGAGAGGCGAGCGUGGUCCUGGGCGAGAUAGAGACUUUGCUGGGUCUGUUACCGGAGUCGAAGGUGGCCGCGAAUCGGAGAGAAGCCGUGUGCAUGAGCGGGAUCGGGACAUGGACUAUGAUUUGCCCGAGGAAAGAGGAGGAGGAGGAGGUGGUGGUGGUGGUGGUCGAGUGGAUCGUCGGCAGGAGUUCCCUCCUCCACCGAAGAAGCUGAAGCUGUCGACGGACUCUUCAUCGCUGUCGUCUCCGUCGACGACGACAACAAUGUCCUCGCUGAGCUGA